UCCGCGGCAACGAAUUGUCAAAAGUGUAAAUAAACAGUCGACGGUUGGAAUUUGUUUUUAGAAGAUUGCAGUUUUGUCCAAUGUUUUAGUUUAUUUUGUGAUAAAAGUUUUAACACACCACAUUCCAUGGCCGACUCGCCACGCAGCAUCCUGGCCAGGCUGGAGCAGCUGAAGCUCUGGCAGGAAGAACAGCAGCAGGUUUUACUUGAAAAACAGAUCGCCCAACGCGAACUUCUCAACCAGGAACAGAAGAAAAUGUACACGAUUCUCGGGAUCGAAGGGAGAGCUUCUCCAACGGAGCAAAAACCGGAGGAUGGUUACGAAGAGUACGAAAGUGAAGAAGGCGAGUUCGAGGAGACAAACCUGCAGCCCCGAAAUGUUCCGGCGAGACCGUUCUUGAAGCGUGGCGAAGGCCUUAAAGCCAGGUUUAAAGUUGAUCCUAACGUAUUUAAGCUAGACAAUCUUCCAAAAUAUAAAUACGCUAACCAUGCUAAAAUUAGGGCGCUGAAGAAGAAUCCAAACGGGCAGGAAGUGAAAAAGGUGAAAGAAGCGGAAGUUAAGCCAGUGGAAGAUGUCCGAAAGAAGCGGAGCAGUUCUCCCAAGGUGGCCUUGGAUAUCAACAAGGUUCAACAGAAGAAAUUGGUAGUUCCGGUGCCGGUGCCGGUGCCAGCGCCACUAAUCUCCUCGGAAACAGUUGAUGUAAGCUUUUCCGAGGACACGUUCAGCGAAGAGAGUCUUCUUCCGAGCAUUGAGUCGAUCAAGAUGAGACCUUCCGAGUCAAUCAAUGAGAAACCCCCCGUCGAGCAAAACAUUCCCUGGAAGCAACAACUCCAAGACGACGCCUCCCUCCUUCGCCAAUUGAAGGAACUAAAAGACCUCAACCUGUUUGAAUUCCUCGAGCAGCGUCUGGUCACCGGCAACGGAAGUGUCGCGUCGGAUGCCAGCGCCCUGCUGAGGCUCCUCUCGGAGAACAGCAUCAACCUGUCGGACUCGACGCUGGUUCCCGCAACUCCGGCGAAACCCUUAGUGGAACCGGAAGAAGUUCGCUGCUUGGAGAUUCGACCCGUUCCCGAUCCUAGGAGACACUUUUUACCGGAGGAAGAGGACAGCGAAUCUUCCGACGAGGAUGAGGACACGGAUGGGGAAGACGGGGUUCACGUGCGUUUUGCCAGCGAGGACGAGUCGGAGCAGCAGCGGGACGAAACGGAUCUUGAGCUGCAGACGGUGAACUAUAGUCGGAUGUCGACGCCGAAGGAAAAGGCAGGGCGUAAUCCGAUUGAGGAAUCGGCUGCGGAAGAUAAAACUGAAAAUGAUGAUCAGAAUCGCAUCAGGGAGGAAAUGCUAGGGAAGAGUGAGCUGCUCAAGAAGCGACUAUCCGAGUUGGAGGCUGAAAUUGAUAGCUUCCGGAGAGAGAAUGCGGAACUGACACGAAUGAAGCAGGAGCACGAGCUGGACAAGCUCAAACUGGAGCACGAACGGGAGGAAAUGAUGGAGAAGCUGAACGAUGAGCGAAUCAAAAUGGAAGUUUACUUCCACGACGAACGGGUCAAGAUCGAAGAUCAACGCCAGAAAGCGCUGAAGGAAGCGAUGAGACCGACCAAAAAGGAGAAGGAGGAAAUCCUGAGGUUGAAGGAACAGGUUGCCGACUUGCAGAAGGAGAUGAAGGCGAAAGAGGCGAAACACGCGUCGUCGCAAGCACGAUUCCGAUCGCAAAUCAAAAGUCUCGAGAAGGAUCUCAAGGAAACGCAGCUGGAACUGGACGCUAUGAAGAAGGACAACAAAAAGUUAGAAACUGAAAACGCUCGACUCAAACGUCAAAACAACAGCCGAAUGUUGCUGGAAAUCAACAAAAAUAUUGCUAAACUAGCAGGACCACCUCAAAGCUCGAGCGAUUCGCGACGAAAUUCGUCCCCGGAAAAGCCUCGAAAAGCCGGCGUUCCUUCCAAGAUGAAGCAAAUCGACGUUGUCGAGAAGAACGUCACCGGGAAGGUUGCCACGGCCAAAGUGGUCAGUCAUCCGAGGUCGCGCAGACAGCCAAGUUCCUCUGAAAGCAGCGAAAGCGACGUUGAAAACCAAAACCACGAAAAUAGUUCCGACGAAGUGUCCGGUUGCGAAACGCUUGAACUGUCAAAAUCUUCGUACUUCAAGGCAAAAAGUAAAAAGAGCCUGUUCAACAACAGUGACCCCGAUCCACCAGAGCAAAAUUCAACCUCAAACGAACCGGAAACGGCCGAACUGAUCAAAAAUCUGAAAAAGGAAGUUGUGAAUGCGGACGGCAGCCGGGACAUUUGGUAUCCAAACGGGAACAUGAAGAAAAUCUCGCCGGACGGACUGGUGAUGCGAAUGCUGUACUUUAACAAGGACAUCAAGGAGACCAACAUGAGCGAAGGCACGACGAAAUACUACUACUUUGAGACCAACACGUGGCACACCACCUAUCUGGACGGGUUGGAGAUCUUGGAGUUUCCUGACGGCCAAACCGAGCACCGCUUCAAGGACGGCUCCACCGAGGUGCACUUCCCGAAUGGUUCCAUCCGCACCACGAACCCCAACAGCGCGGAAAUUGCCGAAGAGUGGAAGUACGCGGACGGUUCCACCGUGAUUGUGAAGAAAAACGACGACAAAGUGAUUACGCUGCCAAACGGGCAGGUCGAGAUUCACACCCGGGCGCACAAGCGGCGCGUUUAUCCGGACGGGACGAUAAAGUUCCUCUACCCGGACGGCAGCCAGGAGAGCCGGUACUCGAACGGGCGCGUCCGGCUGAAGGACAAGGACGGACGACUCAUCUCGGACACGGGUGGUUCGGGGUGAUUGGAGGAGGUGCAAGUAAGUGAUUUAGCCUAGAUUUUUUUGA